AUGAAGUUCCUCCCCGUACUCGUAACUGCGUUGAUUGCGCUCGCGACAGGCACGACUACCCCUGAAUUCGCGCUCAAGGCCCAAACUCGCCAGUCCCCGAUCAACCUCCCCUACCUGCCCGUCGUGCCCAACAAUGGCGUUUUCUCCAUCCAGCUCGAUACUGCCCCCGCCGUCGUUUCUCAUGAAAACCACACCGUCAAGGCAACGUGGAACGGCGGCGUCGGCUCGUUCUUGAACCUGAACGGCAAGGAGUACAACUCGGUGCAGUUUCACCCGCACGCCCCCAGCGAGCACACGAUCCGCGGCGUGCGCUACCCCUUCGAAGUGCACUUUGUGCACCAAGACAAGAACAAAAACUUGGCCGUCGUUGGCAUCUUGUUCGAGUUGGACCCGAACGAUCAACCCAACCCGUUCUUGGACCAAUACUUCAGUGGAUUCAGCCAAUUGGCGAGUCCCGGCGACUCGUUUACGCUGGAUUCGCUUGACCCGUCGUCGCUCGAUGUGACCAAUAGCAACGUGUACCGCUACCCAGGCUCGCUGACGACGGAGCCAUACACUGAAGGCGUCGAGUGGAGCGUGCUGCAAGAAGUGCACACGAUGUCGUUGAGUCAGUUGGAGGCGUGGGAGAGCGUGAUUCACCACCCGAACGCGCGUCCGCUGCAGCCGUUGAACGGCCGCUCUGUCAAGCUCGUUGCCGCCAACGUCUAA